AGACAAGCCAGGAUCCCCUUCCACCAAAUCAGAUAUUUCAACACACGGACAGAAAUAGCCAUCUCAAAGGCAUACGUGUGCAUCUCGGGACUGGUCGUAUUCGGCACGUUUUGACAAUUUGACGCAUCACAAAUAGUUUUUCCCCCAAUUUUGAUGCCAGUUUUUUCCAAAAUUUUGAAACAGUAAAGCCCGUGUACGCAAGCCUUUUCUGACAUUAUUUUUGAAUUUUAUUUCAUUUUUAUUUGAUUCCAUUUUUCACUCUCGUUUGUUCGUCCUCGGAUCUACAGUGAGAGAGGAUCUAGAGCAACAGCUGGGAAAUAUAAACUCCGCUAUAUGGAUCAAGGACUGCUCGCAUCUGCUGCCGCACUCCAAGUUUGAAUUCAGACGGUGAUCUCCGCAAUAAGAAGAAAAUGAAAUCCGCUGAAGAGGAUGCGUAUGGCUACACCCCAAAUGUUAGUCUCUCCCUCCCAUUGGGCAACCCUUGUCUUCCCUCCCAGUACCACAGCCUGCAGUCCAGCCCCACUAUAUCUGUUUCUGUCAGCCAGCCACACAGCUACGACACCCAAGACAACAUGAGAACCGCUGGUUACUACUCGUCCAAUAGCGUCCGUCCCAACGGAGCCCCGACUCUGGAGAGCCCUCGUAUUGAGAUCACAGCUUAUGGUCAGUUUCCAGAGGAUGAAGUGGAGGAGAGCAGCCUCCCUGUUGCCAAGCGCGUCAACUCCAUAGUGACGCUCACUCUGCCCAAUGCAGAUGGGUACCGUGACCCCAGCUGCCUGAGUCCAGCCAGCAGCAUCUCAUCCCGCAGCUGCCACUCCGACGCCUCCUCUUACGAGUCAAACUUCUCCUACAACUACGACAACUCCCCUCAGAACUCUCCCUGGCAGUCGCCCUGCGUGUCCCCCAAGGGCUCCACCCUCGCCCUGCCAGGUGACGCCUGUGCCCAGGGCGGCUCCCCGCGCCACUCCCCCUCCACCUCGCCCCGCACAAGCGUGACAGACGACACCUGGAUCGGUCAACGUGGCUCCAGGCCCAACUCCCCUUGUGGUGCGAAGAGGAAGUACAGCUUCAACGGCAGCGGGACGGUCCACAAGCACUACCCAUACUCGCCCAACCACUCCCCUGGCCCAUCCCCGCAGACUUCCCCUCGCCUCAGCGUCACGGAGGAGACCUGGCUGCCCAACACCAACCAGUACACCAACUCCGCCAUCCUGGCAGCCAUCAACGCCUUGACCACAGAUGGAGUGGCCGACAUCGGGGAGGGAAUCCCCAUGAAGGCCCGUAAAACCAGCCUGGAGCACAGCCUGAAGGUGGAGCCUGGAGGCGAUGACUUGAGUCCAGGGGAGCUCGUUCAAGACGAGCACCCCUCCUCCCGGCUGCCCUUAAAGAAGGAGGGCUACUGUGGUGGGUUCCUGGACGUGCCACAGCACCCUUACUCCUGGUCCAAGCCAAAGCAAUAUGUCAGCCCAUCCUUGCCGGCUCUCGACUGGCAGCUGCCAUCCAGCUCGGGACCCUACAGUUUACAGAUUGAGGUGCAGCCCAAGUCCCACCAUCGGGCCCACUAUGAGACGGAGGGCAGCAGGGGAGCCGUCAAGGCCCUGGCAGGAGGACACCCAGUAGUUCAGCUGCACGGCUACAUGGAGAGCGAGCCUCUGACCCUGCAGCUGUUCAUUGGCACAGCCGACGACAGGCUGCUGAGGCCUCACGCCUUCUACCAGGUCCACCGCAUCACCGGCAAGACGGUGUCCACUCCCAGCCACGAGGCCCUGCAGAACAACACCAAGGUGCUGGAGAUCCCGCUGCUGCCAGAGAACAACAUGCGGGCUAUAAUCGACUGCGCGGGGAUCCUGAAGCUGCGUAACUCGGACAUAGAGCUGCGAAAGGGGGAGACGGACAUCGGGCGUAAGAACACCAGGGUGCGGAUGGUUUUCCGAGUUCACAUCAACCAGCCCACGGGAAGAACUGUGUCCCUGCAGGUCGCGUCCAACCCCAUUGAGUGCUCCCAGAGAUCGGCCCAAGAGCUGCCGCUGGUGGAUAAGCAGAGUUUGGAGACGUGUCCCGCCCCCGGGGGGGAGAGGAUGCUCCUUAACGGACACAACUUUCAGCACGACUCCAAGGUGGUGUUCGUGGAAAAGGCUCAAGAUGGUCACCACCUAUGGGAGACUGAGGCCAAGGUUGAGAGAGAUGCCUCAAAGUCUAACUCACUUCUCGUUGAAAUCCCUCCCUACCGGAACCAGAGACUCUCCACCCCGGUCCACGUGAACUUCUACGUGUGCAACGGCAAGAGGAAACGGAGCCAGUACCAGCGCUUCACUUAUGUUCCCGCCAACGUUCCAACAAUAAAGACAGAGCCGCACGACGACUACGACGCCCCCCUGAUGUGCGCCCAGCGCGGCCCCGGCCUGGCACUGCACCCGAAGCCAUACUUCACCCCACAAGUCAUGACCCCCAUGAUGAGCGCCGACCUCAGGCCGUGUGUGGUGGGCGGGGCCUACUCUGUCAGCCAGCAGAGACUAGGAGCCAAGCCUUCCUCGCUAGCCUCCUCCUCCUCCCCGCCCAGCACCAGCCCCAAACUGCACGAGCUCUCCACGACAUCCUUCUCCAAGUGCCUCUCCGCUGGCCCGCCGCAGCACCCGGGACCGCAGUCCCCGAUCCCGCACGUCUCCAUCAUCCAGGAGGCGCCCGGACGCUACCCGCCGUCCGGCCUCUACCCGCCCAGCAGCGCCUCCUCCUCCCCGGCCUCGCAGCCCUCCACCCCCGGCGCAGGCCCCGAUGCCCCCUUCUCCCCCGCCCACUGCAUGACACCCGCCCCGCCGGUCAGCGGCAGCGCCAGCCCAGGGGCCCAGCAGCAGCACCCCAAGGUGCCGGAGAGGGGCCGCCCCUCCCUGCAGGAGGAGGGCAGCCCCCCCACGCUGGCUGUCAGCAUCAAACAGGAACCGCAGGAGCUGGACCAGAUGUACCUUGAUGACGUAAACGAGAUCAUCAGGAACGACCUGUCGAGCAUCUCCGUCCACAGCCAUGCGUAGCUUCCCGCCGGAACCAAAACGACAAGUCGGUGGAGGGAAAUACCAAACAAAAAUUUGAUACUACGCUUUGCAUGCUUGGACUACAGUGUGCUGGAAGCAACGAAAGGAAACCCAAAGAGAACAAAUGUAGAUGUAUUGUCCAGAGGACCAGGGUCCAGCGUGUGCCUUGUUUUCUUAUAUAUAAUGCCUUUACACAGAAAUUACACAAGGAAUCGAUCACAGGACUGACUUUUUUAGACAUGUAAAUCAGGUAUGUAGCACCCCGAGCUGCCAUCCCCAACCCCACACAAAGUAUGCUUUUAGUGGACCAAGCAUUGUUGUUUUAUAUACAGUAUAUGUACGUCUUUUUUUUUUUUUUCCUGCAGUUUGUAAAUGUGCCUGUGAGUUAUGUAAUUUGUAUAUAUGUGUAGUGCUUCAGUUUGCAUAUCUGGCUUUGCAGAGAGACAGUGAAAAAGAAAAGUGCCUUUGACUGGAAACAGAAAGUGGCGGUUUGACAAGUUCAACUUUGAAAAAUUCGAAACAAAAACUGUUUUUUUGUUUGUUUUUUUAAAUUUGCUUGGACUUUUUAAUUUGAUAUGGACUUUUGCAAGGAGAGAUAAAGUUUAAGGUUAAUACAAUGGGAUAUAUUUUCUUCAUCCACAACCAACAGCAAGCACUUAAAACCCACUGAGAGUCGCGGUUCGGUUUGUAGUUUUGCCGUCGAGACAACAAGCUAGUGCCUUGUGAAGUCCCGCAGCGAUGGAGGAUGUCCCGUUAAGCAACGUGCCGCUCGCCCUGCAGCUGACAUGUUGCAUAAACCUCACCCUCCAUACUUCCAAUGGCUUGAUAUGUAGUGUUGUUGUAGAUACAAAGCAGAUGUACUCAAGGGAUACUGAGAAGAGCGCCAUUUUUGUGCUAUUUUCUUAAUAGAAAUACAAUAGAAUGCAUAGACAUGUACUAUACCUUAUGACAAGGGGAAUAAUUAAGCUUGAAAAUAACAUGAACUGUGUGCUGAAGCAAUAACGGCUCGAUCGAUAUCAAAGGAAGACAAAGAAAUCAUCUCAAUUUUGACGAAGCUUGACUAUUAUUACUCCCUGGAAGCUAUGCAACACGCAGGUUAACGCUAGUCUCUCGAAGAAUGUACACACUCACGAUUGUAACGGAGAAGUUCCUCAAUCCAAAGAAUAGUUAAUGACGGCGAACAGCAAUAUGUAUGAAUUCUUUUUUUUUUUGUAUUUUCAUAUUUAUUCUAUUAGCAUGUGCUCUGUUUAUCCAUGGUUAUCAUACAGCUUCUUUUACAUGGUUACCGACAUACUGCGGUUUAUGUACCAAACAUCUGUAGGGUGCAUUGUGCACUUUUAGCAAAACGGAAUAGGCGUACACACACUUCCCCACAUUAGUAUUGGCAUAUUUAUGUGUAUUUAUGAGUCUUAAUCCAUAUAAUUAAAGGGCAUGAACGAAGCCAUACUGAUAUUUUUACUGAAAAGGUUAUUGUUUGUCUCCAGCUCAUAAUUCUGCUUUGUGAACUAUUUUGUGUAUUGUCAA